AUGUUUGAUCUACGUGGGGCUCACUGGUAUGGUGGCUCUCAGAUUAUGAAGAUGACCUGGCCUCUUGAGAAUUGGGAGAUGAAAUUAGCACCAUACGUUGCAGAUGAUUCUUUCAAAUAUGGAAAUUUUGGAGGUGUUCAAGAAAGAUAUUUUUUCUCAUCGAAUGGUGUGGCCAUAUUUUUAGAUCAUGUAUCUCCACUUUUUGUUGGCAUAAAUGAAUCAAAUAAUCGACAGUUGACAUUUGUUUCAAAAUUUGAUUCUCCUUACACCAAUCCUGACAAGAAGCAGCCUUAUUUGAAAUAUUCCAUCAUCCAGGAUAAAGGCGGGUUGAAGGAAGUUCACCAAACGACAUCUCAUUUGUUGAUCUCCAAGCCUACAAAUAUUCCAGAUGAACUUGUUUUCAAAUAUCCAAUAUGGUCAACGUGGGCAGUCUACAAGAAAAACAUCAAUCAGAGGACAGUUUUAGAAUUCGCUGAUGAGAUAAAAAAAAGAGGUUUCAAAUCCUGUCAGCUAGAGAUUGAUGAUGAUUGGACACCACAUUAUGGAGACAUGGUUUUCGAUAAAAAUAAAUUUCCAGACCCAAAAUGGAUGAUCAGCAAACUGAAAGAAGAUGGCUUCAGAGUGACAUUGUGGGUGCAUCCAUUUGCAAGUUCUGUUUCCCUUGCUGCUGGCGAAGAUUACUGGCUGACCUCAUACAAGGGAGGUUACACAACUUGGUGGAAUGGAAUAGGGAAGUGCCUUGAUGUAACAAAACCAGAUGCCAUACAUUGGUACAGAGACAACUUGCAAAAGUUGAUGAAGGAAGUUGGAGUUGUUUCCUACAAGUUCGAUGCCGGUGAAAUUAACUGGCUGCCUUCAGGUUAUGGCAGCCAUGUGAACAUGGACACUCCAAACGAGUACCCAACAAGGUAUGCUGAACUCUGUUAUUCUGUCGAAACCCAAAUACGAGCUCAGGAGGUGCGAGUUGGAGUCAGAACCCAGCAUCUACCAAUCCUAGUGCGAAUGAUGGACAAGCAGUCAGCCUGGGGAUAUGACAAUGGAUUGAAAUCCCUUAUACCUCAUGCCUUGACAUUUGGAUUGAUUGGAUAUCCAUUUGUACUACCAGAUAUGGUGGGAGGUAAUGCAUACAAUGGACUACCAGAUAAGAAUUUGUACAUAAGGUGGAUGGAGGCCAAUGCUUUGAUGCCUUGUGUUCAGAUAUCAAUUCCACCGUGGCAGUACGAUGAGGAAGUAGUCAAGAUCACAAAAAAAAUGCUUGACCUUCAUGAACACUACUCAGGUUUGAUCAUCAAAUUAGCAAAAGAUGCGAAAGAUUAUGGCUACCCGAUUCUGAGACCAUUGUGGUGGAUUGCUCCUACAGAUGAGGUAGCGCAAAUCCUUGAUUCAGAGUUCCUUCUUGGAGAUGACAUCCUUGUUGCCCCAAUUUUGGAGACAGGAAUGCUCUCAAGGUCAAUCUACUUACCAAAGGGCACCUGGAAAUGUCACCUGACGAACAGGGAACUUGAAGGAGGCAAAUGGUACGACAAUUAUGAAGUCAAGUUGGAUGAAUUGGCCUAUUUCACCAGAGUGCAUAGUUAA